AAACUAAACCGCACCAUGGAGGAUGUUGGCGCUGCAACUUCGGCCACAAAGAAGAGCUCCACCACCCUGUCCGUGGAUCGUGCCGCAUUUCUCCUGCUGCGCGUGAAAAAGGCGUUCAAGAAGAAGCGACAGCAGCGCAAGGACCGACAGGCACAGCAGCAGUGCGCCGGCGGCAGCGGCGCGGCCAGCUGCGUUGGGGGCAGCGGCCAACAAUCACGCAGCGGCAGCCGUAAAUUGCCGCCGCCAUUGUUACGGUCGCGCACCCUGCCCGCCAUCAUUGUGCCAGGACUUCCGGUUGUCUCGCUCCACACAGAUAAACAAACAUUUCAUUUGGACUGCAAAAGCCGCAGCGGCAGCGCCAGUGGCCAUCGCUGGUCUCUGCUCACACGAGGCGCGGGUGGCGCUGGCGGCGGUGGCAGCGGUGGCAGCAGCAGCAGCAGCCACAACAACAACAAUACCAAUUUGACCAACAACAACAACAACACGCUCAUGGUGAAAUCAUUGAAUUUGCCAAAGGAUGAUUGCACGCUGAUUUACCGUCGCAAAUCGUCGGGCAGCUCGCCACACGCACAUGCUGCACAUACAGCAAUGCAACAGCAACAUUUGCAUCUAUAUCAGCAACAUGUUGCCGAUAGUUCGAUGUAUCAGCUGUCCGAUGAUUUCGAGUGCCAUGCGGAUGGUUCGCUUCUACUCAGAAUACCCGCGCCGCAUCCCGUGGCGCCGUCGCGCGGCUAUUCACAUCGCCUGGGGGGCAAAAAACGUGCCACCGCAUGCUCGGAGGCAACAACACCGCUGUCCAGGGAGCACCAGCAUCCGCACCAGCAUCUGCACGAGUUUGCCAUGGCGGAGAGCAGCAGCGGCUCGGGUGGCGGGCAUACGACCUUCACGCGGCUGGCCAAAUUGCUGCAUCAAUCAAGAUCCAAUCUGCUGCCGCCACCGCCGAUGUUGCACGGCGACAAUUUCUUUAUGGAGGCCCCACAGGGCAAUAGGAAUACGGAGCUGGGCCUGGGCGAGGAGGCGCCGCGUCGCUUGUCCUGGGAAAGGCGCAAGGACAGCAGCUCGUUGCAGCGCUCGGCCAGCAUUGAUUCCUUUGCGGAGAUUGUGUUUAGCGACCUGCCACGCCCCACUCUGAGCAUCCCAUGCAAUGUGGCAGCAGCAGCGGCAGCGCCCACACCCUUCAGCAAACGCCCCUCGGCCAGCAGCUUGUAUUCGACGUGCAGCAGCAUUGCCGCCGCAACGGCCGCCUCCGGGCAAGUGCACGCCCAGCUGAAUGUCAAUUAUGGCGACCUGGCGACACAUCCUCAGCCCGGCAAUUGCAGCAGCAGCAGCAGCGCCGCCAACAGCCGUCGCGAGAGCAUGCUGAGUCCGUCCUCAACGCGACGCAACAAGCUGACCAGAAUCAUUAAUGGUCUCUUCUCCGCCGUGGAGCACGGACAUCUGGAUAAGGCUCGCACCAUACUCGAAUCCACCGACGUGGAUGUCAAUAGCAUCAAUUCGGAUGGACUCUCAGCGCUGGAUGUGGCCGUGCUGAGCAACAAUCGCUCCAUGACUAAAAUGCUACUGCAGCAUGGUGCCCUGGAGGGUAGUCAAUUUUCCGUGGACAGCAUUGGCACCAAGCUGAACGGCCUGCUCAAAGAUGCCGAGUCACGCAUACACGAUCUCAGCGGACCGGAGGGGCUGUGUGCGCCCGUCUUUACAUCGCGACCCUCCAUAUCCAGCAUUAUAAUUGGCAAUACGGGCUCCUCGGUCACCGGCUGCACGGGCAACGAGGUAGACAAACAGAUUGGCAUUUGGGAGCGACGUGUCAAGGGGCUGCGCCGUAUGCUUCUUGGCUGGGACCAGGCGCGACCCCCAGAUGCACCCGCCUCCGUUGUAGUCGAUGUAACCGGCGACAAUUCCAUCAGCUUGCAAAUACUCGAGCCCUUUGAGGGCGCCAUCGGCACCAAAUUCAAAGUUCAAUGGUCAACUCGCGCCGACUUCAACAAUGUGGUCGGCGAGCGGGAACUGCUCGAGUGGAUUAGUUUUCAUGGCACCAUGGGCGCCCAGUGCCACAUAGCUGGCCUUACCCAGGGCCGCCGCUACUUCCUGCGCGCCGCCUGCGGCAAUGUCAAGGGUUGGGGCGCCUAUCGCAAUUCGGUGCCGGCCAGCGUUGUACCCUCAACCUGGCGUGACUUGGAUAAUCGGGAGGAUCGUUUCUAUGGCCGCCAAUGCAUAUUGGACAAUCUCUUUACGGCCGUACGUUUGGCUCGACCCGCAGAUGUUUCAGAGCUAACGCUAGAUCCGUGCAGCGUGCAGCGGCGCAAUCCUAAGAAAAAGACGACCAUCAAGCAGCUUUUCUCGGUCACCUCCAAGUUCCAGAAGACGCUGCGACGCGGCAUCUACUUCUCGUGCAUUGUGCACUGCGAUGACAAGGUGCUGGUCACCAGCGAGGACUUUCCGCCUGUCAUUGAGAUCGAUGAAUCAUAUCCGAGUGCAUUGCACAUGGACUACUAUUGGCUAAUGAAGGUCGCCUGCACUUGGGAAGAUGUGAAAUCGUUGCGCACGGACAUGGAACGGAAUCUGACCUCGCCGGUACACUUUCGCACCAAACUGCUGUCGGCCGUCUGCCAGAUGCAGUCGGCGCUGGGCAUCAACGAUCUUGGCCAGCUGUAUUAUAAACCACUCCGGGAUGCACAGGGCACCGUGGUGCUCACCUGCAUUCAGUCGGUGAAGAGCCAGAAGGCUGUCUCCAUCAUCAACUCACGCUGGCUGCCGGUCAGCAAGCUCCAGAAGAAGUUGGGUGCCCUGCACGAGGAUUACACCAUCAACGAGCUGCUCAUCUCGAGCAUUGGCGAACAGCUGCACUAUCAGCAGGCAGCGCUCCAGCGUCUAGAGCCGGGUCUCUAUUUGGGCUAUCUGAAGAUGCAGUGCUCCAUGGAUCAGAUACAGGUGGUCGUGCCGGUAAAGACACCCAACGUGCUACCCCACUGUAAGGUGCGCGAGAAUAGCCACAUUACGGCCGAGGAGUGGCAGGUGCUGCACCGCACCGAGAACAAUCCGCUGCGCCUGCCGCUCGACUUCAGUACACCAGGCGAUGGCAAUGGCAACAGUCCGGCAACCGAGGUGCAGCGCCUCUUCCUACACGAUCUCAGCAAUGCGAUGCACAAGCUGUUGGCCAGCAUGAGCAUUAAGGCAACGGAUGCGGCCACGCAUCGCCUCUACGAUGUGGAGGUCAUAGAGCAUAGUCGCGAUAUUAGCUUCCUAAUUGUGUGCCCCUCGGUGGAGUCAUCCUGUGCCGUGCCCGGCCAGUCCGAGCUGCUGCUGCAGCGCGACGAUCUGGUCAGCCUGAGCAUACAGGCCUUCGAGAUGAUCCAUCUGCGCACCUAUCAGCCGGCCAUUGUGCAGAAAUAUGCACGACUCUCCUGCAUCCUUGAACUGGACACGGCGCUGGCCACGCACUCGCAUCGCGAGGCCUUCUCUAGCAGCGAACUGCAAGCGGCCAAGGAGCGUCUGGCCACGCUGCAGGAGCUGAGCGCCAAUCUGACGCUGGUGUGGAAGAGCGUUCGCUGGCUAAUGGAUGUGGUGGCCUAUGCGCGCAAUAAGCAUGCCCAGCCGGCGCUGGCCAUGCGCGAGAUACUCGACUUUUCCCAGCUACGACACGAGGAAGGCGAGGGCAAGCAGCUGCUGCAGCUACCGCUGCGCGAGACCAGGUUCAGCAAGACGGGUCGCGGCAGCUGGCCGGGUCCGGGUGCCAAUGAGGAUUGUAACAGGCAGAACAAGCCGGAGCAUUCCAAAUCUGAAACGAAUCUGGGUCAGAGCGCCCAAACGUCUACGUCAGCGCAAGCCACACUUCAAGACGAACACGACAAACAGCCGCAGCAGCAACAACAACAACAACAGCAGCAGCAGCUGCUCCAGGUGACGGGCAGUGAGUACGCCGCCUCCACUUGCUCGGAUGUCUCGCUGCGCAAGAACAGCGGCGACUCCGUGAGCUCCGCCUACACUGCGCGCAGCUUUUACUCCGCUGCAGACUCGGCCUCCGAUGGCAGCAGCAGCGUCUUUGCGCUGCCGCCCUCCCGCUCCGAUGACACGCUGGCAGAUGCACUGCGUCAUUCUCAGGCAGCAGCCGCCGCGCAGCGCAAACGCACCAGCUCCAACAUUGGGCCCAUUUCCACGCCGCUCAUCACCGUGCACAGCUCCAGCUCGGCUCCUUAUCUGGCCGGCUCCAGUGUCUCGUUGCGCACGGGCAGCGGUGCCUUCGCCACGGAUCUGGAGCACAAGCCGCUGAAGCCUGCCGCGGAGUACAGGGUGAAGGCUGCCUCCAGUGCCAAUUUGCGCGAGGGCGGACUUUAUUUGAAGAGCUCACUCUCGGCACUGCAGCCGGAGCUGAGGCCGCUGGGCAGUAGCGAAGAGCCCGUGGCCAGCACCUCGAAGGCCUCCUCCACCAAGAGCCUGGCGCACCACAGCAGCGAGGAGGACACGGCCAGCUGUUCCAGCCUCAAUGCCGAGCAGAGCUCGACGGGCGCAGGCAUCAUUCAGGUCUACACCGCCUACAACACGGGCCUGGCCAGCGGCACCAGUCUCAAGCUCCACGUGACGCCCAAGACAACCGCCCGCGAGGUCAUCAACCUGGUCGUCAAACAGCUCAACAUGGCCGCCGUGCUGAAGGGCAGCAAGGGACCCAUCUAUAGCGCCGACAUGCUGGACAACUUUUGCCUCGUCGCCGUGAUUGGCGCCCGGGAGCGUUGUCUGCGCGACGACUUCAAGCCGCUCCAGCUGCAGAGUCCCUGGAAGAAGGGCCGCCUCUAUGUGCGGCAGAAGCACGAGCUGCUGGCGGCUAUUGAGCAUUCCAAUCGCAAAUCCCAUUUGAUUUAAGUGCUGCUGAAACAGCUCGAUUAUGCUGAAGUGCACAGCUAGCAGGGCCGCAAGCGAAGUUUCAACUCGGGUUUCCAAUUCGGUUUCUUAUGAGCAGCACAAGGAACAAACGAAAUCAUGUCGAAUUCCGUAUUAUGCCGAUUUGUAACGAAUAUAAAAAGACAUUUCCUGAAUAUGUAUUCAACAGCCAAGUCCUUCUGUCCAUCUUUUAGUUUAAAGGAAUCAAAUUACAAUAUUCUAUAGCUGCCAUACGAAUGGUCUAUAUAAAUCUAUUUUGAAAUAUUAGGUUUUAUUCGUACAUAAUUCUGAAGCACAACCUUUCAAAACACAUUCAUAUGCUUGCAUAAUUUGUUAAAGAACGAGCAAAUAUCAAUUCCAAAACUUCUGAAUAUCUGAAAAAGUCAUAAAAAUUUACUAAUAGAUAUUCCACUUCCCAUUUCCCCACAUCCCAAAAGAGAUUUUUUCUUCAAAAAGGUGUAAAGCAUGUCAGAAGAGAAGCUAGAGCUUGAAUCUUUAUAAAGGUUCCACGCUGUAGAAAACCAGGUUCACAAAACGAACCGAAAAGCUGUGAACUGGAACAACCGACGAUUUGAUUUAGAACGUGCAGCCCUGAUAGCUUUGAAAUACUCUAGCAAUCAAAAUUGUACCCUACACAACACACACACGUGACGCACACACACUUAAUUAUUAUUGUUGGCUUCUUGAUUUGGUUUUUGCUUUUUGGGGGGCUCCACUGUGCCCAGCCAAGUUUGACGACCAAAUUCCCAAAUUAGACUGAAUUACUUACAUAUGUAUGUAUGUUGAAAGAGGACAAAAGAUGAAGUUAUAUAUGAAAUUGUAAUGAAAUGGUAUUAUAUUUUAAAUAGUUUUAUACACCCAGACACACACAAACACACACCAUGCGCAUACAUAUGUAUAUACGGCACAUAAAUUAAUUGUUGCUAGUUGUUUUAGAAGCUUGUUUAAGCGUAAGUGCAACAAAUUACACCAAUAUUAUAAUGCAUAUAGAUUAUAUAUACAUAUACAUCUAUAUCUAUGUUUUACAUAAUUAUGUGUAUUUUAUUGUAACAUAUACUAUAUUAUAUAUGUAUUUUUGUAGUUUAGCAAACAAAAUGUUUUGAUUGUAUUUUUGUGGCAAUUUUUUAGGCGCACGCAUUUUUUAAUAUGUAAAAAUCUGAAUGUUGAAACGAACAAGAAAAUUAGUUUAAAAAUUAUAUUAAAAUGUCAAAAAAUAUAAAUGUAUACAUUUUAAGUGAAAACUCUCUUGAUGUAUGUGUAUUGUAUGUGUUCUCUAUAAUUACAAUUAACAAUUCCAAUCGGAUUAUACAAAAUACUUAAGCAUAGUUUCUAGAUUUUACAGCUGGCAAAUAGAAAGCGAAAUAUUUUUUAAAAAUAUAUUGGCAUUAACUAAAUGUUGAAGAUAUGUAACAAAAAAGAAAAAAAAACGAAAAAGAAAAAGAAAAGAAAAGCAACUGAACAAAACACAGAUAUUGAAAUUGCAUUGUUGUAUUUAUUAAAUGUAGUUUAUGGCGCGAAUACCCUGUAAAAACGGGUGUGCAGCUUAAAGUUGUUUGCAACUAGUCCAGAAAUGUUUUGUGUUUAGCUAAGUACUCGGUUCUUGUUCUAGUAAGUUCUGCAUGCCCCCUAGCUAUACGGCCGAAAUCAGCAUUAUUCAACUACAGUAAGCAUCCCAUAUGGCAGAUAAAGUACUUUGUGUGAAUUUCAAAUAAGUGCGCUAACUAAAUAUGCAAAGUGUUAAAUGUCUAUAACUAUAGUUAUAUACAUAGUUAUACUCCGUAAUUCUAAAUGUGUAUGUGUAAAUUAGCUGAGAGUUCUUCAGAUCUAUGUGUUUACUGUAAGCUAAUCCUCUUCAAGUUUCUACCCUACCCUAUUCAAAAUCUUGCAGCUAGAGGAUUCCCGUACCAUAAAACAAACAGCAGAUGGCAAAAAUUAAGUGAAUUUAUUAUAAACCAAGAGUCCAUUAUAUUAAAUUAUGAAUAAUUUAAGAUGAGACUACGAUACGACCAACACAGCAAAUGUAUUGUGUACAAAAGUUUUGUAAAUAUUUAUUCAACAUUUUUUGAUAAAGUUUUUUAUCCUGGAUUAACCAGUCCCAAGGCACGAGGAACAGCAACGAACCUAACUAGGAAUUAGCUUAAGCUACGAUCCCAAUCCCGAUCCCCAAAAACAGAGCUCAGUUCGGAUCUGACAUAAAUUAUCUAAAACAACGAAUUCAUUCGCAUUGAAUUGUGUUAGUUAAAUUAGUUGUAUUUGUUAUUUAGUGCGAAGAAUUUAACAAAUUGUCAAAAAAAAAAAACAAGAAAAACCGCCGUCCGUUCCCCAAAGAGAUUGUUUACAAAGUAUUAUUAUUAUUUUUCCAUUCGCAAUAUGAUGAGAAAUAUAGUUUAUGACGCAAUCUAAUUGUAACUUAUUAAUUAAGGUGUUAGAGGUCGAAUACAAGUAUACUCUAUGGCACACAUACAUACAUAUAUAUAUACACACAGUACAUCAUUAUAAUGUAUGAUAAAUGUUUAUUAGAAUAGCUGAAAUGUCUUUAGACUUCAAGAGGCGCAUAGUGCAAAUGCAUAAGUUGGCAAAAGUUCUUAUCAAAUGUAACUCCAUAAGUGAACUGCAUGUUAUUCAACAAAACAAAAAAACAAAUCCUUAAGGAUUCCGUGUGUAUUUUUGGUGUCUGUUAACUAUGUACAACUAAAAUGAAGAAACAGCCAUUAUAAAUAAUAUUUAAAAACUGUACGAAAGAAACAUAAAAGAUGAUAUACUUGAGAGAUAUGUAUAUUAAAUAUCGCUAACGAAAUAUGAGUACAGAAGAACAACAUGAUGAAGAUUACUUAUUCAAUUAAUUUAAAUAAAGACUUAACAAAUGUUAUGGUGUCAUUUCCAAUGUA